GACUACACAAGAAGUGGUGUUCAAUCAGGACAGCAACGUAAAGUGAGGGAGUGAAAAAAGAAAAGUAAUAAAGGAAAGAAAGAGAAAGCAAACAGAGGACAGACACUGCUGACAUCCACAGAAAGCAUCCAAACAACAGCUGAGGGUUGUGAAGAGGCAGCCACCUGCUGCAGUGUCCUCCCACCACUACUACAGCAUCUGGCAGAGAAGUCAGAGAGGCGGAGGAGACUCGAUCUGAGGCAGCAGAGACGAUCCACUGACCUGACAGCAGACAGGACCUCAGCGCAGGAGGAGGUGUAGCCACAAAUGGAGCAGCAAAAUCUGAUCAACAGCACGGAGAGCAACUGCUCAUCCAUAGAUGACUUCCGCAACCAGGUUUAUUCCAUAUCCUACAGCAUCAUCACUUUGCUGAGCCUCACUGGGAACGGCUUAGCCCUGGUGGUGCUGAUCAAGACGAACCGCCAGAAUUCCCCCUUCCACGUCUACAUGAUCAACCUGGUUGUGGCUGAUCUGCUGUGUGUGAUGACGCUGCCACUGCGAAUUAUCUACUAUGUCAGAGGGGGCAUCUGGAGCAUGGGGAAUUUCCUCUGUACCUUCAGCUCCUAUGCUCUCUAUGUAAACCUCUACUGCAGCAUCUACUUCAUGGUCGCCAUGUCGAUCACGCGUUUCCUGGCCAUUGUCUAUCCUGUGAAGAACCUGCAGCUGAUGACAGUGAACCGUGCUCGCCUGGUGUGUGCUGGCAUCUGGGUGUUUAUCUGUCUUUUAUCGUCUCCCUUCCUCAUGAGGGGUCAAUAUAUAGACACUACCACAAAUACAACCAAGUGCUUCGAUGCUCCGAACGGUGAAGUCGGUGAUAAACUCCAAGUGCUGAGCUAUUUGUCUCUGGUGAUAGGCUUUGUCCUGCCAUCACUGGUGAUCCUGCUCUGCUAUGCCGGCAUUAUCCACACCCUAGUGUCUCGCUCCCGACUGUCUCGCACCCUUUCUGCUCAACAACAGCAGCGGGCCAUGGGCACAAAAGCCAUUCGAAUGAUUGUCAUCGUCUUGUUGACAUUCACGAUCAGCUACAUGCCUUACCACGUGCUGCGCACCGUCUUCCUGUCCCGGGUUCACGACAGCUGCCAGGAGAGGAUCAAAAUGCAGAAGUCUGUCGUGGUGACACUCUGCCUGGCCGCUGCCAACACGUGCUUCGACCCACUGCUGUAUUAUUUCUCUGGAGAGGGUUGUCGCAGCCGCUUUUUCUCCUGUGCUACUCGGUCGCGGCCCCAGAAUCUGAGAGAAACCACCCGAAGGUCAGUUAACUCCCAACAGACAGGAAGUCGUCAGGCAUCAAUGUCAGGAUAUGUUACAGGAAAGAGUUCAGGAUGACCUGUUGCCUCAUUAGUUGCCAGGGAAAGAGUCAAGAGGAACCGA